CCAACACCUAGCGCUAUUGUCUGUCUCAUACUUCACCAUCAAAGCUGAGAAAAGGAAAGGUCACCUCUCUGCCUCGGAUACUACUCCAACCGUACAGGAUUUUCAUUUGUUUUGGGACAUUGUAUGGGGACAUGGACUCAUCUCCAACUUAGACCAUUUCUGAGGUCUGAAAACAUCAGAGAAAAGUACAUUUGGUAGUCAACUGUCACUAAGGUUUCUUUGUCAGGAGGACUCUGAGAUUUGGGAAUCAACUAUCACUAAGGUUUCUUUGUCAGGAGGACUCUGAGAUUUGGGAGUCAACUAUCACUAAGCUUUCUUUGUCAGGAGGACUCUGAGAUUUGGGAAACAACUAUCACUAAGGUUUCUUUGUCAGGAGGACUCUGAGAGUUCGUUUGGACCCUGCUUGUUUCUCUGGACCCUUAACAACGGACGACGUGAUGUUCCAGGGCGUGUCUGAGAUCGCGGCGCUGUGCGCGGGACUGGUGGGUCUGAUCGGAGCAGCCGCCGUCACCGGGAUGCCCAUGUGGAAGGUUACGGCCUUCAUCGGAGAGAACAUCAUCGUCAUGGAGACGCGCUGGGAGGGCCUGUGGAUGAACUGCUAUAGACAGGCCAACAUCAGGAUGCAGUGUAAAGUGUACGACUCUCUGCUGUAUCUCCCCGCAGACCUGCAGGCUGCCAGGGGCUUGAUGUGCUGCUCUCUGGCUCUCUCAGGGAUGGGUCUACUGGGGGCUCUGGCAGGGAUGCGUUGUACCUCCUGCAUCCAGGACAACGACCGCGUUAAGAGCCUCAUCCUCAUGGUGGCUGGAGGCAUGCAGUUACUGGCCUCUAUCUGUGUGUUCAUCCCAGUCUCCUGGACGGCUCACGCCAUAAUCCGUGACUUCUAUAACCCUUUGCUGAUCGACGCCCAGCGCAGGGAGUUGGGAGAGGCUCUCUACAUCGGUUGGGUGACCGGAGCCUUCCUCCUGACCUCUGGGCUUCUCUUCCUCUGUCGCCGCGUCCACUCGAACAAAGCCUCGUUCGAUAUCUAUCACCCAGCCAACAGGAUCAACAAACCCACUCUGAUGCACUACCAUCCCAUCUCCAGCAUUCUUAGCGUGAGGGCUCACCGCCAGCCCGGUCUGAACCACCAACAAAGUCACAGCUUCGAUGCAUACCAACACCACCAAGCUCCGAUUCUUCAUAACAACGUUCCUUAUGGACAACAAGGGGUCGUCAUGAACCCUCCUGCUGCUGUGUAUGACUCCAGCUCGGUGGAGAACGUUGGGCCGUUGGUCUAUCACCGUGGCAACGUACGUCACGUUGACGGACACCAUCCCUCCACCUCUAACAGCUCCAACUAUGUCAGCAGCCUGUCCACUCUUGGUGACUCCCUAUACAUCAGCCAACAGACUCCGUACUCCUACAACCACCUGACCGCUCCGUAUACCACAUAUACCGGUAGUCAACAGACAAAUCCGUACUCCUACAGUCAUCCGGGAAACCUGUCCGUUUCACACAACUCCAGUUUUCAAGCCGUACCUCAGAAUCCUGUUUUUAUCGGGUAUAAGGGCUCCAGAGUUCAACCAUCGCAGUCUCACCACAGUGGAAGCAGUGUUGGUGUGUACAUCUGAAUAGACUGCAAAGAGACCAGUCAUCGUCUGAUACUCACUGUACCUUAACAAAUGUAUCUCCUGUAUAUGGUUAUUAGAAUCACAUAGUAUAUUUUUUAAAAUUUUAUUUAAAGUUAAAUGUCUGUUUUGGUAUUCUGGUAAAACUGUAAUGUGUUCAGUGUUUGGGACAGUUAUAGCUGUGUAGAGUGUUCAGUGUUUGGGACAGUUAUAGCUGUGUAGAGUGUUCAGUGUUUGGGACAGUUAUAGCUGUGUAGAGUGUUCAGUGUUUGGGACAGUUAUAGCUGUGUAGAGUGUUCAGUGUUUGGGACAGUUAUAGCUGUGUAGAGUGCUCAGUGUUUGGGAUGUAUAAACAUACAUUUAAAAGUGAACAAAUCUGAGUCAAAGUGUCAUUUCCUUACUGUGGAAUUGCCCUUGACAUUUUAGCUACAUAAACUGUAUUUUUUCUCUGGUCAGACCAAGAAUACAUUGAACUCUUUAGGUUGUAUUAGUCAGGAAAUGGAUUACGUCUAAGGCACAUGAUUGGGAGUCCCCAUAGGGCGGCGUACAAUUGGCCCAGCGUCGUCCGGGUUUGCCCGAUGUAGGCUGUCAUUAUAAAAAUACAAAUAAAUGUUCUUAACUGACUUGCCUAGUUAAAACAUACCGUUC